GGAGGAGGAGGAGGAGGAGGAGGUGCAGCUCGCGCCUUCACGGAAUUGAAACUACGCCAUAAAUAUGGCGCCAAAAGAGUUUUCAAGCUGAUGACGAGAAGCGCGUCUUCUUCUUCUUGCUUCUGCGGCUGCUGGCGGGGACGCGUGCGUUUUAUUGCAUUUCUCGUGCGGAGAGCCGUGCGCGUUACAGAGGAAUCUUACCGGUUACCGGAGCACCGGGGAGAGUUUACCGGUUUCCGGAUCUUUCCGGACUCAUUUGUUGGAAAUAAAGCAUCUCUUUUAUUUUUUUUAUUCCCCCCCCCUCUCUUCUCCUCACUGCCACCGGAGGAAAACACCGGAGGAUUUUUAAAUAUAUAUUUGGCCACAUUCGGGCCUUUUUUCUUCUUUCUUUUUUUUGUAAAAUGCGACAUGCUUUCCGGUGAGCGGCAUGUUGUGCGCACCUCGCAGGCUCCACCGUGAACAGCAGCAGGACCUCCACCACCUCCUCCACCUCCUCCACCACCUCCACCACCACGCUCUGCUGGCUGCUGCAGCUGUUGUUGUUGUUGUUGUUGUCACUUUUUGAGAGGAACACAAAGCGCAUUCUGGCUGCCACUUUUGGAUAUUUUUGUAAUUCCGGAUUGGGGCUCAGCUGCCGGUUCUGCAGAAGCCGACGCGCUGUCAGCGCGGGGGAGGGAAGGGGGCGGCGGCGGGGGGGGGGGCGGUCCUGUCACCCAACGUGGAAGUCGGGGCGGCUGAGCGGCACUGGCAGGGCAGCGAGUGGGCAAACUGAACUACUGAACCCUGCUCCGUGGAAAGUACAUGUGCCACACGGCCGAUGAGCGCCUGAUCUCCGGGACCCGGGACGCCUCCGCACCGGAAGCCAUCAAGAUGGAGAGCGAAACGAAGAGGAGGAAAUACUCCACAAGCAGCAACGACUCCGACACCACCGACAGUCAGGUGACGUCGUGGUCCAGGUCAUCCAAGAACACGGGCACCUGCAGCACAUGGGUCCACCACCAGCACAAGAAACCCUCUGAGGUGUUCCGCACUGACUUCAUCACGGCCAUGAAGCUCCCGGACUCGGCCCAGCUCGGCCCAGACGACUUCUACGUGCUGUCGGACCCUUGGAGGCAGGAGUGGGAGAAGGGGGUGCAGGUCCCGGCCAGCCUGGAGGCCAUACCGGAGCCCGUGGUCAGGUUGACGGCGUUGUGCGGUCACUCCGACGCCGGACGGGGGGGCGAGAGCGGCGCCUCGCCUCCUCCCGCCCCUCGCCACAUGACCUAUGACCUGGACGACCUGGACGUGGCCUGGCUGGAUCUCGUCAACCUGGAGUUCACGCAGAUGGCGCUGCCGGAGCUGGACGAGCUGACGAUGGAGAGCGUCCUGGUGGAGCUGGAGAGCGCCUGCGAGGUGAAGAUGCUGCAGGCCAUCGAGGCGGAGGAGGGCCUGGGCAUCGAGUACGACGAGGACGUGGUGUGCGACGUGUGCCGCUCGCCUGAAGGGGAGGACGGAAACGAGAUGGUCUUCUGCGACAAGUGCAACGUCUGCGUCCAUCAGGCGUGUUACGGCAUCCUGAAGGUGCCCCAGGGAAACUGGCUGUGUCGGAUCUGUGCCCUCGGCGUCCAGCCUAAAUGUCUGCUGUGCCCCAAGAGGGGGGGGGCCCUCAAGCCCACCCGCAGUGGAACCAAGUGGGUCCACGUGAGCUGUGCCUUAUGGAUCCCAGAGGUGAGCAUAGGCUGUCCUGAGAAGAUGGAGCCCAUCACCAAGGUGUCCCACAUCCCCGCCAGCCGCUGGGCUCUGACCUGCAGCCUCUGCAGAGAGCACACAGGCACCUGCAUACAGUGCUGCAUGCCCUCCUGCAUCGUGGCCUUCCAUGUGACGUGUGCCUUCGACGGCGGCCUGGAGAUGAGGACCAUCCUGGCGGAGAACGACGAGGUGCGCUUCAAGUCCUUCUGCCUGGAGCACAGCUCCGCCCACUUCUCCAGGAGCGGAGCACACGGCCCCACCAGGCCGGACUGGGGGGGGGUCGCCGCCGCCGGCCUCCUCCAACUGGGCGCCGGCGGCGAGCCGGAGCCGAGGCCAGCGCCUCACCCGGCUCUGGUGUCGGCGUCGGAGCGGGCCGAGUGGGAGGCGCUGGAGAGGGAGAAGGUGAGCCAGAGGAAGCAGAAGCUCCAGGAGCUGGAGGACGAGUUUUACCGGCUGGUGGAUCCCCGGGAGGUCGCCGACCACCUGGCGCUGCCCACCCCCCAGGUGGACUUCUUGUAUCAGUUCUGGAAGAUGAAGAGGAAGGCAAACUUCAACCGACCCCUGGUGACCUUAAAGAGGGACGAGGUGGACAACAUGGCCCAGCAGGAGCAGGACGUCCUCUACAGACGCCUCAAGCUCUUCACACACCUCCGACAAGACCUGGAGAGAGUGCGUAACCUCUGCUACAUGGUGACCCGGAGGGAGAAGAUGAAACACACCAUGUGCGACCUGCAGGAGAAGAUCUUCCACCUGCAGAUUAAGCUGCUGGAGGAGGACCUCGCUGGAGAGAAAAGCCAGAAGGGAGAAAGGAGCCAGCAGAGCAGAGUGAAGGAGAAAGGGAAGGAGAGGAGGAAGAGCAGCCCAGAGAAGAAGGACCGCCUGAAGCCGGAGAACGGCUCGCUGCUGAGAGAACUAGGUCUGUCCACGUCCUUCCCGCUGGACGAGUCUUUGUUCGACAGCUGGCUCGCUCAGACGGUUCAGAUCACCGCCGACGACAUGCUGAGCCAGUGGGCGCUGGGGGGUCAGCACCGGGACAAGAGCGGCAGCCUGCUCUCCGACCAGCUCCUGCAGGGCGAGGAGAGCCUGCUCAACCUGAGGCUGGAGAACUCCCUGCAGUCCACCUGGAAGACGCCUCAACUGGGCCGCAAGCCGCGGGGGGGCAGCAAGAGCCGCGGCCCCCGAGGGCCCCCGCAGCCCGCCGCGCCCCUCCCCUCCACCGCCAGCAGCCCCCCCGCCGCCAAGCAGACAGAGAGCGCGGCGGAGGAGACACCCGCUCACGUGGGCCGGAGAGGGGAGAGGCCCCGGGGCCCCCCCAAGGCCUUGCACCACCACUACCUACAUCGCCACCGGGCGCGGAGCAGCGACCCCCACCGGGCCCCCCCGCCGCCGCCGCCCACCUCCAAGAUGGACUCCUGUCACAUCUCGGAGGAGCGCGGCCCGUGGGACAGCGUCUCCGCGGGGGGGGGGUCUGGCUCGCCAGGCGCUGUGCCGCGGCUACGUCUGUCGCGCCUGGGCAGGUCCCGAGGGGGGGGGGCCAGCGGCACGGCCACGGGCCUGGGGGGCGGCCCGGAGUCUGCGGGAAAGGACUCAACCCCCCCGGACGCCGCCGAGGGGUACUUCUCGGACGGCGAGCAGAGCGACCCGGACACGCGCUCUCGCCCCCGCAAACUGCGCCUGCCCCAGUUGCAUUCUGGGAAGGAGGAGCUGCUGAGGAGGAGCGUGCUGGCCUCGUAGAGGAGCGAGGCGCCCUUAGUGAGAAGUCGGUCCUUUGGGGGGGGGUCGAAUGUAGCGGCUCGCCUCAGACGCCGUCUGCCUCCCUUCGUUUUUCUACUCAAGUACUUUAGUGUGACCUUGGCGGCAUUAAUGCUGCUCAGCAGGAGGCGGCGGCGUGUUGAGCCUCUAAAAGCACAACCAGCUGGUCACAGCGUGGUCAUUCAGGGCGGGGCUCCAGAUACGUCUCAAGGUUCUCGCAUUCUUAAGUUGAGCUGCUUGGUCCCACAGACACACGCGUCGAGGAGAUAUCUCAUCAUUCCAAAUUCUUCCUAAAUCAGAGUUACGUUUUUUUUAUCCUGAAUCUUUGGAGAGAAAAAAAAUCUUCGUAGAAACUCUGUGCCUUCUGUCCCCCCCCCCCCCCCCCCGAACAUCUAUCGAUCAACCAAACAAUCAGUAAGCAGAUCAAUCAGUCGUUCCAUUUGUAACAAUCAGACGAAGAGGGAAGCUUGUUGCCGUGGUUACGGCCUCGGGCCCUUUUUUGUCACCUUAACAGUCGUUGAGUGCCUGAAACCAGGAAGUGAAAACAGCGCUCUGCCUCCAAUUAGAGAGAGCAGAGCGCUGCCCCCCCCCCCAU